AUGACUAUUCGCAACUGCCUUGCCGCCAAGAAAAUGAUUGACGGUGGCUCUCUGCCGGAACUCUUUGAAGACACCCUGGACUUCGGUGUCUUCCUGGAGAGCGGCAGGUAUGCCGACGUUGAGUUCGUCGUGCGGUCCGGCCCCUACUCCGUGUCCAGGACCUUCAAGGCCCACAAACAGCUGUUGGCCAUGCGCAGUGACGUAUUUGGCGCCAUGUUUCGCGGAUCGCUCCGCGAACGGGACACCGUCCUCAUCAGGGACCUGCACCCCAAUGGCUUCCGUGGGCUUCUCACGUACGUAUACACAGGACGGUCCGCUAUCAACAACAUCGAAGAUGCCAUCUACACAAGAGACGCGGCUAUGAAGUACCGCUUCCUAGAUCUCGCCAGCACCUGCACCGAAUAUAUUCAAAGUCACCUCGAAGCAGACGACGUCUGCACGGUGAUAGACCACUCGUUCGUGUCUUACGGUGAAGUCAGAGACGACGUGGUGGACGAAGUGAUCUUGGGCAACGCUGAAUCCGUGCUGUCGUCUGCUGCCUUCACGAUCUCCAUGGAGCACACGGUGAACUUCGUUUUGGACAGGGUGGACGGCGUUCCGACGAAGGUGGUCAUCAAGGCCGUACUCCGUUGGGCAGGCGCGCAGUGCGGUCCCCGCGUUGCCAACUGGGAGCACACCGGGACAGUCGCCGCCGCUGUGAGGAAGUUCCUGCCCAAGAUCAAGUUCCUGGCGCUGAGCGUGCGGCAGAUGACGAAAUUCAUCAGGGCCGACACCACGUGUGACAUUCUCUCGUCGGACGAGGCGUCCGCCAUCUUGUGCAAGAUUCUCGAACCCGGGAGCGUGUCACCGCUGCCAGAGUGGCUGAACCCCGAGCGUGACAUUUCGACAGGCCCGAAUCGACUUCCCGGGAACGGAGGGGGGCUCCGCGGAGGGGGGCUCCGCGGAGGGGGGGUUCCCUCCCCUUAUGCGGAGGGGGGCUCCCCAUUAGACGUCGCUGAGUCGGCGCUGAUUCGAUUCUCUUGCGCGGCUGGGAUGGUCCGGCCGGAUUCCUAAAACGCGACCACGCUUAGCCGCCGAUGCAGAGGCGAACGGGAACAUCUUCUUUCUUACUUUCUUUCUGUGCAUUUCUUUUUUUUAUAAAGGCGCUAUGAUGUUACCUCUCUCUUCUAUAGUCUGUCCGUAGUCAUUUUCUGUAAUCUGUGCGUAAGAGAAAAUUACCUGCCUGCGUCGUGCUCUCGUGCCAUUUUCUCAGGUGGAGCAGAAUCUGAAAUCAAGCUUUUCCCCAUUUUUAUUCUAAUUGUGCGGGUCUUUCCUUGUCUGUGCAUGCGCGUGUUCAAAUAAACGGUGAAUAAAAACAAUAUGAAGACUGCUUGUGUGCUUCCCAUUUCAACCCUGACAGUAACGCCGACAUCGACACGUCGCAGUGUCUGGUGGAUUCUGUUGUCGAGCUGCGACGGAAAUGUCAGUGUUUUUUUUUUUUUUGCCUUUUUUUUUUUUGGCCUGAUUGCAAUGGGCUCGCUAGAGGCCCUUGUAAUAUACGUAUACUGCUUUCUUUGAAAUGAGGCUUUCGUUAAUACUUUCCUGGCCGUAUAGUUGCAGGGUGCGCUGCUGUCUUGACGAAUAGAUCGGUUAAAGAAAACAAAAAAAGAUAAAGAAUUGAAUGACGGGCGCAAUGGCCAAGGUAAAUAUACCUGGUAGCGAAGCUUCCAUGGGAGCCCAUACGUUCAAAACAUGGCGGUCCAUCGGCGGUCCAUGGGGCUUAGCGCCAUCUGUAUGUGGUGGGAACACUUCCGGUGGAAGAAAAAAUGAUGUGACGCCAUGUCCGUUAAAAGCAGAAGUGACGUCAUUUUGUUUUCGAAGGCGAGAAAUUUGUUUUGUUGUUCUUCCUUUGGAGCUAUAUAUUCAAGUGCCCCGCCAUUCGACUUGAUGGGCGUUUCGAGCUUUCAGCGUGGAAAGCGACGCAGGAAAAGGCCAGCCAUACGGUUGUCGAAAUCGCAUCCCUGCUCAGAACAUACUUUUUUUGGAGGCCGACGAAAGCUUUAGGUGUAGAGUGCUGAUCCUAUUGUUGGAUGCCAAGCCCGUCGGCCAGCGCAGUCACACGAAAACAACUACACAAUUAUCUGGCGGUCGUAACUCACUACUUUUGACUGAACAGAUUAAGAAGCAAUGAA